GUUAAUUUUUAUGAAGUUUCUAAAUUAUUUUAUAAGAAAGUUUUUAGAGAAAGUACCAAGGAAAUGGCCUAUUCCAGGUGUGAAUCACGUGAUCCUCGUUGCCUCUGGUAAAGGCGGAGUUGGAAAAUCUACAACAGCUGUUAAUGUAGCAGUGACACUAGCAAAUGUGAAGGGGCUGAGGGUCGGUCUGUUAGAUGCUGAUGUGUAUGGUCCCUCGUUGCCACGUCUAAUGAACCUCUCGGAACAACCUGAACUGGAUAAACAGGACAAGAUGAUACCACUGACCAAUUAUAAUGGGAAAUGUAUGUCAAUGGGUUUCUUAGUAGAAGAAUCAGAGCCGAUAGUGUGGAGAGGAUUAAUGGUAAUGUCAGCAAUACGGAGGUUAUUAAGAGGCGUGGCCUGGGGUCUAUUGGAUAUACUAGUAAUUGAUAUGCCACCUGGAACUGGAGACACUCAACUAUCAAUAUCAGAGAAUAUACCUGUAUCUGGUGUGGUUUUAGUGUCGACUCCACAGGAUCUCUCAUUAUCUGAUGCUAGGAAAGGAGCUGAAAUGUUUAAAAAAGUCAACAUACCAGUUUAUGGUAUUAUAGAGAACAUGAGUGGUUAUGUGUGUCCUAAUUGUGGACAUCAUUCAAACGUGUUUGGUAAAGUAGGAGGAGCUGACAAACUGUCUAAAGAUGUGGGCGUGGACAUAAUAGGUUACUAUAGCAACACGUCAUUAUCUUGAUCACUUCUUUUUCAUUCUCCACUUCAUUUAUUCCUCUUUUAAUUGCUUUGUGCCUUUGUUCUCUCUC